AUGGAGGCUGCUUUUCUUCAAAACGUCCGUUUUCAGACCAGACCCAAGCCUUUGCCAUGGCAGCGUGACUUGUUGGAAGACAGCCUCAAAGCAGCGGGUCUACCAGGAUUGGAUAAUGCUGCAAAAUUAUAUGUCUCCAAUUUAGACAUUGGAGUCACCAAUGAAGAUAUAAGGGAACUGUUUUCUGAGAUUGGAGAGCUGAAUAGAUAUGCAAUUCAUUAUGACAAAAGUGGUCGUCCAAAUGGAACAGCUGAAGUGAUAUUUGCAAGAAGAAAUGAUGCAUUUCAAGCAUUUAAACGUUACAACAAUGUACAGUUGGAUGGGAAGCCAAUGAAGAUUGAGAUUGUAGGGUCAAAGUCGGAUGCUCCUCUUUCGCCACGUGUCAAUCUGGUUGGAGGAGUAAAUGGACAGAGGACAGUUGUCAUGAUGUAA